AGCUACUGCGUUACCAGUUCUGCCUUGACAACGGUGUAUUUAGCAGACAGUUUGGACGCUGUUAGGGCAAGUUCCAUCAAGUAGUUUGACAUACACUAUCUAGGAAGGAGCCAAACAGUUCCAAAAUGAGUCAACGGCAAGUGUUACAAGUGUUUGAGCAAUACCAGAAGGCAAGAACACAGUUUGUCCAGACAGUAGCAGAGUUGGCAAGCAGACCCCAGAACAUUGAAACACUUCAAAAUGCUGGUGUUAUGUCUCUUCUGCGACCUCUUUUAUUGGACAUCGUGCCAACCAUCCAACAGACUGCUGCUUUGGCACUAGGACGACUGGCCAACUACAACGAUGACUUGGCAGAGGCGGUUGUAAAGGGUGACAUUCUUCCCCAACUUGUCUACUCCCUUGCUGAGCAAAACAGAUUCUACAAGAAGGCUGCUGCAUUUGUGCUGAGGGCUGUGGCUAAACACUCCCCACAACUGGCCCAGUCUGUGGUAGAUUGUGGUGCACUGGAUGCACUUGUCAUCUGUUUGGAGGAAUUUGAUCCGGGUGUAAAGGAGGCCGCAGCGUGGGCAUUAGGUUACAUAGCCAGGCAUAAUGCAGAGCUUGCCCAGGCUGUUGUUGAUGCUGGAGCUGUUCCUCUGCUAGUCCUGUGUAUCCAGGAGCCAGAGCUCUCCCUGAAACGCAUUGCUGCUUCUGCUCUCAGUGAUAUCUGCAAACAUUCCCCGGAGCUUGCCCAGACUGUAGUGGAUGCAGGAGCAAUCGCCCACUUAGCUCAAAUGAUUCUCAACCCUGAUGCUAAACUCAAGAGGCAAGUGUUCUCCGCCCUGAGUCAGAUUUCCAAACACUCUGUGGACCUGGCUGAGAUGGUGGUAGAGGCAGAAAUCUUCCCAGCGGUACUCACUUGUCUUAAAGAUCCUGACGAGUAUGUCAAGAAGAAUGUUGCCACCCUUAUCAGAGAAAUUGCAAAACACACUCCAGAGCUUGCUCAAUUGAUCGUAAAUGCUGGUGGCGUAGCUGCCGUGGUGGACUACAUUGGAGACUCCAAGGGUAAUGUUAGACUUCCUGGAAUAAUGAUGUUGGGAUACGUAGCCGCUCACUCAGAAAAUCUUGCCAUGGCUGUUAUUGUUUCUAAGGGUGUUGUACAGUUAGCCAUUGCUCUAUCUGAGGAACCAGAGGAUCAUCUUCAAGCCGCUGUAGCGUGGGCACUUGGACAGAUUGGUCGCCACACCCCAGAACACUCGAAAGCAGUCGCUGUCGCUAAUGUCCUCCCCAAAUUACUCAAUUGUUACCUCCGUGCUGAUGCCACAGAAGACUUACAGACCAAGAGUAAAAGAUCCCUGAAGAAUAACCUACAGAAAUGUGUACACCUACCUGCCUUAGAACCUCUGCUACAUGACGCCCCUCCAAAUAUCCUCAAACAUGUUGUCGGACAGUUCAGCAAAGUCCUCCCACACGAUUCCAAAGCCAGACGAUUCUUUGUUACAAGUGGUGGCCUGAAGAAAAUCCAGGAAAUCAAGGCAGAACCUGGAUCUGCCCUCGCCGAAUAUGUCAACACAAUCAACAACUGCUACCCAGAAGAAAUUGUCAAAUACUACUCCCCUGGAUAUUCCGAUGCCCUCCUGGAGAGAGUGGAAAAUUUUGCACCCAAAUCUUAGAGAGCUGUUUAUUGACUUAUCUACACUUGUUGUCAUGUACUAUGUUAUUCAUUGCGGACAUUUUGAUACAUUUACAUGCUGUGAAUCUGAAGUUUCAAGUUCCAUGGUGGCUAGAAAGGAAGUUUUACAUUGCCUAAUCUAGCGGUUUAUUACAGUCGUGUUAAACCAUCAGUUAUUAUUCACCAUGGAGGUCUACAAGUGCUCAUGAAUAAAGAAAAGUACUGGACAUCAAUCUUAUACAAAUUGAAGAUUUACUUUUAAUUACGCUGGAAUCCUGUGAUUUGUUGUAAUUUAUUUACAUUACAUUUUUACAUUACUCAAAAAUUAAAAAAAUAGAUUUGUAUAUCUACCAGGAUACUGACGAAAUGUAUUUUUCUACACAAAUGAUUUCUUUUACAUUAUAUUUGAUAUUGAAAAUCCCUGCUGAAAUGGAUGCUGAAAGAGAAAAUGAAUCUCGAUUUUGUCUAUAGAAACUGCGAGAAGUUUUAGUAUCAAAUCAAUACUUACGGUAUUUUUUUUACCUAUUUUUGUUUAGUUGAAACAUUUUUUUCUAAGGCCAGAAUUUUCAUUUACAUUUUGAAACUUAAAUAGUAGUUAAACCAAAGUAUUAGAAAAAAAGGUAUUUUGAGAAAUGUAUGCAUAUAACAGCGGUAAAUUAAAUAAACAUAUAACAAAGACGGAAACAGUAUCAUGUAGUGUUAGUAAUUUAUAAUCACAUGUGUUACAUUUAUUUUUGUUCUGGGUGGGACGAUUAGGAGUUGGGGGAUGAUACUUGUGAAUGGGAGGAGGGAGGGGGUGGUCGGCAAUGUAAAGAAUCAGAAAUAUGUGGAGAACAAUUGAGAAAAGUGAAAUGAACUCUGUUAAUGAGUUAGCAGUUAUGAAGGUCAACUUAAAUAAUUCUGAGUGGGAGGGAUAGGGGCCGGGGGAGGAUAAUCAUGGUUUGAAGAGUGAGAACAAGAUCAGAAAUGUGAAGGAAUCAGAAAUAUGUGGAGUAGAAAUGUGGAAUUAAUGGAAUUACGAUAUAUAUUGAUAUAAAGGGCAACUAUACCAGAUGUCAAAGUCAACUUAUGUAUAACUGAGGCUAAAGAUCAUAAAAAUAAGAUUAGAAGUAAACCAUUGUGAAAAUAACACUUGCGGCUAUAUAGCUUUUAAAUCAAAUAGUUGUGUAUAUCCACUGACAAAGAUUUGAUGACGUAAAAUAUAACAGACAUCAAAACAAUACAAUAUAGCUAUAACUAGUCAAUAUUUGAAGCUUGUUUAACUUAUAGGAAAGAGACUAUAUGGAUCAUUUGUAGGAAAGGCUAUAUAUAGAUCGUUUGUACUGACAUAAUACAAAUAAGAAAUAUUCUUAUGCAAGCAGGUAAAACAAACGAAUAAAUUAAUUUUUCGGAA